GUCAAUUUGCUGAAAGACUGGUGCGAAAUUGUGCAUUUUAUUAUUUAUUGCAUUUCUGUAAAUCCAAGAUUGUUAGUAUAUUUUAGUGCUUAAUACAGUAGUUAAACAUGCCAGAAUUUGACCUUAAAGAUUCCAUCCUAACAUCACUUAAUGAUGCUGAGCGCCCUAUUUUGAUGUAAUUCUGUGCUGUUACGAGUUUGGUCCAGUUUAGUCUUCUAAAGUUUGUUAAAAAUGAAAAACGGGGAUCCCUUUAUUUUUGCGCAAGAGCCAUGGCCGGACAACGUGAAGCUGUUCCAGCCAUACGAAGUAGAGCAGAUACUGCUCCCGGACAACGCUAGCUGCCUCGCCGUUCAGGCCUUUUUGAAGAUGUGCAACCUUCCCUUCGAAGUAGAAAUGCGCUGGAACGCAGAGUUCAUGUCUCCUUCUGGUCGCGUCCCUUUCAUCAAAUGCGGGGCUUUUGUGGUGUCCGAAUUAGAGCCUGUCGCUCAGUUUGCUGCUAAUAAAGGAGUUUCACUCUGCAGCCGACUCAGUUCAGAAGAGAAGGCUGAGAUGCGAGCUUAUAUGAGUCUUAUUACUAAUGUACUGGUUAACGCUGAGCUCUGGAUAUCCUGGAUUGACGACGAAACCUACAACGCGGUGACAAAAGUGCGCAACGCUUCUGUCUACCCAUGGCCGUUGGGGUGGAUCCAAACGAGAACCAAACGCAACAUGGUGGCCAAGCGGCUCAAGGCACUGCAUUGGCAUGAUAAGACUUUAGACCAGGUUUUGGCUGAUGUGGACCAAUGUUGCAAUUCGCUAAGUCAGCGUUUGGGAGACAAGGAUUAUUUCUUCGGAACCCCCACAGAGCUAGACGCCCUCGUCUUCGGUCACGUGUUCACCGUGCUAACGACCCGCCUCCCGCGCCGCCGGCUCGCUGAGACCAUUCGCAAGCACGCGCCUCUCCUAGCACUCGCGCGUCGGGUCGACGAGACUUACUUCAAGCGCCCAUAGCGCGAGAAGGUCCAGGAUAUCUCCACAAAAUUCACUAGCCCUUAGACUGGUUACGGUAGCAACUUGUUCCAUAUAUGGCACACUUUACCACGAGUAUUCACCUUACAUCUGCAAUGUCAAGUCGUCGAGACGUAAGUGUUAACCUCUAGUAUAUAUUUAGGCAUGGAUUAGGAAAUUGAAUGUAUUAUUUUAAAUGUCAAGUACAAAGUGAUUCUGGUGUAAGGUCACUUUUUCAAUGACCAAACUUGACAGGAACGAUUCGAGGGGUUAAUUCGUACUAACAAGUUUAUGAUACACAGUGUUCCGUAUAUGGAACAAAUUGAAGAAUUAUACUAAUUCGAAUAUGUUUAUAUACAACAGACAUAUUUGGGUUAAAUAACUCUAUUUAGACGAGUAAAGUAUAGCUAAAGGGUAUAUUUGUGGGGAUAGGACUUGGUAUAAAUACUAUAAAUGUCAUAAUAACAAUUUAAUAAAUCGUAUAUAUUAUUAUGAAUGGUUGAUGUAAAUAUAGAGAACCCAAUAUCGGGUCACCGGCGCUGAAUGUGUUAAUUCUAAACGCAUAUGGGCGUUCAAAGAGUUAAUUAUAAGUCUAAGUUAUAGUUAGUUAUAUAAUUUGUAUCUUACUAACAAGUCUUAAGAGCUAUCUAUAUUUGAAUGGCGGUAAUUUUUAUGUGUUGUGCAAUAGUUAUAAAUAUUUGCACAAACUAACACCUAGUCUUUUAAAUAUAAGUUUUAUAAAGUAAAAUCAUUAUUAAAUACAGUGUCCACUGAAUUAAAUACUGGGUCAUAUAUGGCACGUGUGUACAGUGGAUACUUCCAAGGGGUCGGAUCGGAUUCAGAUAGGACGUAGUGCGAAAUCGCUCUAAGAUUGGUCUGGGCCAAUUUUGCCGAUUUUAAAUUUGGAACUUUCUUUUAUUUCCAUAAGGGCCACUUGCACCAACGAAAAUGGAGAGUUAACCGCCAUUUUAUAUGGAAUUUGACAAAUGACAGCCCACUAACCCUGAGUUAAGUGGGCAA